AUGGCCACAAAACACAAGUGGCAGCUGAAGUGUCCGGUGAAGCUCCUGACAGAUUCCCAAGGGCUGGGAGGCACAAAAAUGAAAUGGGAGACUGCUCUCUGGAUGGUUGCCUGCUUACUGCUUGCUUCUCUGCCCAGAGGUCAGCUGGACACCACGUGCCAUGCAUUUGUUGGAGAAACUGUGGUUCUGCCUUGCACCACCACCCCUCCUGGAGAGCUGGCCCUUUCCAAGUCAAUGCUCUACUGGCAGAUUGGCACCAAGCAGCUGGUGCACUUCUUUCAGAAUGGGCAGGAUUCACUGGAGGGCCAGGAUGAAAAGUUCCAUGACAGAACCAGUCUUUUUCUGGACCAGAUGAAGCAUGGCAACUUUUCCUUAAAGAUCUCCAAUGUCCAAUUAGGGGAUGAUGCUGAAUAUUCCUGCAUCUACAGACAGACUGAGAGCCACCAAACAAAGAAAUCUACAAUUAAACUCAAUGUAUCAGCUGCACCUAGGAUUGAGGAGCCACCUUCCCCUUCUGAGCAGAAUCAGAUUCCGUCCGGAAGCCCCGUGGCUGUGCCGAGUCUGGCUGUGCUUCCCCUCUCUUUCCUCCUCCUGGUCCCCCUGGGGCUUUGGCACUUGUAACAGGGGAAUCCCCUUGUCUUUAGGAAGUUC